AUGGGGCAGCAGUUCAGCUGGGAGGAGGCGGAGGCUGCCGGGGAGAUGGAUGUGGCGGAACUGCAGGAGUGGUACAAGAAGUUUGUCGUGGAGUGUCCCAGCGGGACGCUCUUCAUGCAUGAGUUUAAGCGCUUCUUCAAGGUCACUGGCAAUGAGGAGGCCACCCAGUAUGUGGAGGGCAUGUUCCGAGCCUUCGACAAGAACGGGGACAACACCAUUGACUUCCUGGAGUAUGUGGCAGCCCUGAACCUCGUGCUGAGGGGCACCCUGGAACACAAGCUCAAGUGGACUUUCAAGAUCUAUGACAAGGACCGUAAUGGCUGCAUCGACCGUCUGGAGCUUCUGGACAUUGUGGAGGCAAUUUACAAGCUGAAGAAAGCCUGCCGGGUGGAGCUGGACCAUGAGCAGCAGGGCCAGCUGCUGACGCCUGAGGAGGUCGUGGACAGGAUCUUCCUCCUGGUGGACGAGAAUGGAGAUGGUCAGCUGUCUCUGACCGAGUUCAUUGAUGGCGCCCGGCGCGAUAAGUGGGUAAUGAAGAUGCUUCAGAUGGAUGUCAACCCGGGCGGCUGGAUCACUCAGCAGAGGCGGAGAAGCGCCAUGUUCUGA